CGCACCUCAGUCAUUAAAUCUCGCUCUAAGCUCGGGGGAGAGAGGGAGAAUUAUCUCCGGAACCGCCCAGCACAGCUGAGUUGGGGACGCCGGGGCUGCUAGCAAAAGCAACGGACAAGCGAUAUGGACGCAGGGCGGGGCGACAGUGCACGAGACUUUAAGGGUCAGAGAGUUAUCUCCAGCUGUGGAGAUCUCUAGAGGAUCUCUCCUUUCUAAGGUUUUCAGGAUGCGACCUAAGGACUCCCCAAAUAGCCCCUUUUUUGGCUCCUGCUCCCAUUCCUGGAACACGUUUAAAAUGCUAAAAAACAAAAUCGGAGAACAAGCCAAACCUGCGAGAGCGUCUGUGAAUGAGACUCGCGCCUUCCAAAGCUUUAAUUCGGAGGGGAGCAUUGGGAGGAGGGGGAGGGGGGAUGUACCCUUGUAGAAACCGUCUGAGAGCCAAGAGGAGGCUGGAAGACCCAGGGCCCUGGAGAACGGAUCCCUAGAAGCGGCAGAAGGAGCUACAGCACAGAACAGGCCCUAUUUCACAAUUCUUCUGGGGUGAGAGCACCCCCCCCCCUUGGUAAUGGUGGAUUAGGAGGCAGGGUUGGAAGAUCGGUGGAAAUGGGAUGGGUAAGGACGGCUGGAUUUCUCGGGGAGCAGAGCAGUUCAUUCCUUCCGAGGCGCUGUGGCAAACCCAGUCUUCGCUGUCUCAUCUCCGGGUCCUAACCUUUGGACGGCCUCCCCGCUGCAAUCCCGGCCCGGCGUCCCAGUGUGAGCUCCGUUGCCUCGGGCGCCUCCUCCCCGUCUGCAGCUUCUCUGCCCCAGGGCGCACCGUCUCGCUGCCAGCGCUCCGAUCGCGAGCAGAUGGGGCCGGGAACCGUGCCCUCUUCUCCCCAGGGAUCCACCCCUUUCUCAUCCCUCCCAGCCUCCUUCGCCCUUCUCUUCCCCAGCGGGAACAAAGCCAGGAGGUGGGGCCGGAGGGCGGGGCGGUUCCUUAAAGUCUAGGUGGAGACGUUCGGGUGAUUAUUCGGCGUCCCACCCGGUGGCUUAGCGAGCUGGGCCGACCCGCCUGGGAGCUCCGCAGAGGCUGUAUGUCUCCCCACGGCGCCGAGCCGGAAGCAGGGAGCGCCUUCCAGCCCAAGAUGGGCGUCCCUCGCAGGCCAGGGGACGCCGCCGAACUGCGAAAGACCCUGAAGCCUCUCAUGGAGAAACGCCGACGGGCGCGCAUCAACGAGAGCCUGAGCCAGCUCAAGGGUCUCAUCUUACCCCUUAUCGGCAAGGAUAGUUCCCGCUACUCGAAGCUGGAGAAAGCAGACAUCCUAGAAAUGACGGUGCGCUUCCUGCAGGAGCUGCCCACGUCCCACGGCCCCGCGGCUCCCACCUUAGCAGACAGCUACAGAGAGGGCUAUCGGGCCUGCCUCAGCCGCCUGACCCGGGUCCUGCCCUCCUGCAGCCUCCUGGACGGCGAGGUGUGCAGCCGACUCCUGGAGCAUCUGCACCGGAGCGCCGCGGGCCAGUCCCUUCCCCCGGAUUCCCGCAGCAGCCCUAAAGAUCUGCGCUCCGACUCCCCAGAUAGAAUGCGGUUAGUCUGCUCUCCUCGGGGGUCCGGCGGCUGUCCUCCCGGCCCCCCACCUUCCGGACUCUGGCGCCCCUGGUAGCUAGCUCCCUGAGAGGUGAGCGAGACCUCUUUCGGACCUAUAUUUAUUUGGAAUCACGGAGAGAGAAGAAAAGUGGAUAGAAAAUCCCGGGGUUCCUUGCCCCAUCUAUUCUCCACCUCCCAACUCCAUCUUCCAGCCUUCUAUCACUGCACUUUGUAGAUUCUGAUUUCUUUACACAGGAAACCAAAAGGGUUUUUCCUUCGCCUAAGGGGUUUGAUUUUGUUAGAUAUCCUCCCCAAUAAAGCCUCCGGGCCAAGGGCCGGGCUCUCAGUUUCCCUCUGCUGCUGGAGGAGGGGCAGGAAAGGGCCCAGUGCACAGGAGACAAGGAGACUCUGUCCUGAGCUUGGACAUGGCUUCUCCUGGGCCUCAGAAUGAGCUUCAGUUCCAUUGGAGGCAGAAGAUCUCCUGGACUGGGACAGGAGCUUUGCUCUUGGAGAUCCCUCUUCUAAAGAGGUGAUAGGGGAGCGGGUCCAGUGCCUGAACUCCCUGAAGCAGGUUGCAGGAUGACCUCUCUCCACCCUGGCCCUCAGCGCCAGGACUAGAGUUCUCCUAAUGCAAUCCUGACCCCACCCCAGUGGAGAAGAUGGGCUGUGCAGGGCGAUCUUUGCCCGGGCCUGUCUCCCCACCUGGGGCAGGCCAGAGUAAAAGCAGAAAAACAUGGGUUUCAGAGCUGACAGUGGAAACUCUGGGACAGGAGGAAGAGGGACUGGAAA